AUCCAGUGCAAAGUUCGCGUUCCUCGAGGGGCAUCGAUAAGGAACUGUGCAGGAGCAGAGAGAGAGAGAGAGAGAGAGAGAGAGAGAGGGGAGCCUACAGAUGACGUCACCUGCAGCGCCGAGUGACUCGCAAGAAAGCUGCAUGGAAACUUGAGGAAGAAUAGUUCUGCAGAAAACUUUUUCUUUGUCAACGAUACAGCCGCUGCGGCAGCGAUGCACUCCCUCGUGAGACACGCGCUGCGCCUGCACCCGCACCCGCGCGCCGUCGGGGGGACGCUCGUGAAGAACGUGUGCGGCGCCGCGCACCUCCCGGGGACGCGCGGGGCCCCGCGGCGCUGCAGGGGCCACGCGUCCGCCGCCGCCGACGCCGCCGCCGACGGCGCGUACGUCCGAGCCUUCGCCGCGGCGCGGGACCAGCCCGACCGAUUCUGGGCCGAGGUGGGACGCGACGUCGACUGGUUCGAGCCGUGGAGCGCGACUUUGCGCGCCGAGGACCCGGUGUUCCCGAACUGGUUCGUCGGAGGGAAGCUGAACAUGUGCCACAACGCCGUGGACCGUCACGUGGAGAGCGGCCGCGGAGAGCAGCCCGCCAUCAUCUACGACAGCCCGGUGACUGGAACCAAACAGAUCAUCACCUUCAGGGAACUUCAGGACCAGGUGUCCAGGUUGGCGGGCGUCCUGGUGAAGAACGGGGUGCGCAAGGGAGACCUGGUGGUCAUCUACAUGCCGAUGGUGCCGCAGGCCAUGUUCACCAUGCUGGCCUGCGCGCGGAUCGGUGCGCCGCACAGCCUCAUCUUCGGCGGCUUCGCCCCCAAGGAGCUCUCCGUCCGCAUCGAUCACGCCAAGCCCAAGCUGAUGGUCACGUCGUCGUUCGGCAUCGAGCCCGGCCGGCGGGUGGACUACAUCCCCCUGGUGGAGAGGGCCUUGGAGCUGAGCUCGCACAGGCCCUCCAAGGUGCUCAUCUACAACAGGCCUAACAUGGAGCACGUGUCGGUGAGUCCCGAGUUGAACCUCGACUGGGAGGAGGAGAUGGCCACCGCUCGGCCGCACGACUGUGUUUCCCUUCCCUCCAACCACCCUCUCUAUGUCCUCUACACCUCCGGCACCACGGGAACACCGAAGGGCGUCGUGCGAGACACUGCGGGCUACGCUGCCAUGCUGAAGUGGACCAUGUCAAACAUCUAUGGACUCAGUCCCGGAGAUGUUUGGUGGGCAGCGUCGGACCUCGGCUGGGUGGUGGGACAUUCCUACAUCUGCUAUGGCCCUCUGCUCCAUGGCAACAGCACAAUUCUCUACGAGGGUAAACCCGUGGGGACUCCGGACCCCGGAGCGUUCUUCCGUGUGCUGUCGGAACACGGAGCCGCCUCCAUGUUCACAGCGCCCACCGCCAUCAGAGCCAUCCGCCAGCAGGACCCAGGAGCCGAACUGGGGAAGAAAUUCCCCCUGACCAGGUUGCGCUCGUUGUUCCUGGCAGGAGAGCGCUGCGACGUGGAGACGCUGGAGUGGGCAAAGAGGAGCUUCGGCGUUCCCAUCCUGGACCACUGGUGGCAGACCGAGACCGGCUCGGCCAUCACCUCCACAUGUAUCGGCCUGGGGAACUCGCUCACGCCACCUGCAGGCCAGGCUGGGAAACCUGUUCCAGGCUACAACGUCACCGUGAUCGAUGAUGACAUGCGGGAGGUGAAGCCGGGAACCCUGGGAAAUAUAGUGGUGCGAACUCCUUUACCACCCGGUGCCGCGUUGUCCCUCUGGCAGAACCAGAAUCUGUUCAGGGAGCUUUAUUUCACCAAGUUCCCCGGUUACUACGACACCAUGGAUGCAGGUUUUGUGAACGAGGAGGGCUUCCUGUACAUCAUGUCCCGCUCGGAUGACGUCAUCAACGUGGCCGGUCACAGGCUGUCCGCUGGAGCUCUGGAGGAGGCUGUGCUGCAGCACCCUGCGGUGGGGGACUGCGCCGUGGUGGGACUGGAUGACACGCUGAAGGGUCACGUUCCCUUGGCCCUGUGCGUGCUCCAGAAAGGUGUGCAGAGAAACGAGGAGGAGAUCAUAAGCGAGAUGGUGAAGCUGGUGAGGGAAAACAUCGGCCCCGUCGCCGCCUUCAGGAGAGUGCUCUUCGUCCGGGGUCUGCCGAAGACGCGCUCCGGCAAGAUCCCUCGCUCCUCCUUGGCCAACCUGGUCAACGGCAAGCCCUACAAGAUCACUCCGACCAUCGAGGACCCAGGCGUGUUCGCGGACAUCGAGAGGCAGGUGGAAAAAGCCCUGAGGCCUCGCGGAGCCUGAGCUCACCGGCGGGACGGCGACGGAGAAGUGGGAGGUCAGAUGGGCGUGGGCGUGGGCGUGGGCGUCGCGAGGUCGCUGCCUCUGUAACGCCGCCGCGCACACUAACUGAAGUUAGUGACGCGUCGUCUUCUCAGAGUCAGAGUGACAUGAGCAAAACGUAUCAAUGUUUCAUUUGUAAUCUAGAAAUUAACUCUUAUGUAAUCUGAUUAAUGUGAAGCAAAUAGUUUUUUUAUUCUAACAAAUAGAAGCAAGGCACAAGUCCUGUUUACAUUAUGAGCCUUUUUAAUUAUGAAUGAAAAACGAUGGACGACUCGCAUUCACUGACAGUUUUUGUUUUUAUUGACAAUGAAAAUCUGUUUGCUCACCACUUAGUUUUUGACCAAAGUACAAGAAGUAAUAAAUAAAAAAUUAAAAAAGAAAACCUGA